CUAUAAAAAUACAGCUGGCUGUAUUUUCGGUAAAGAAGUGAUUGUAGGAAGGUCUGGAUCCCCCAUGGAGUGAAAAGCCACCUGAUGCGGUUCAACUAGUUCUUUAUAGACUUGACUUGCUUACAACUGUCUAACAGUCAGCUAUGUAUCAGCAGCCUCCGCAACCCCAGCCACCGGGGGCUUUUCCGCCGCCUCCGAUGAUGAUGGGGCAGCAGCCCCCACCAGGUAUGCCUCCUGUACCUGGUCCAGUGCCCAUGGGAAUGCCCGGUAAUAUGUCGAUGCCAAUGCCGAUGCCUGGGCCCGGGCCUAUGACUACAGAACCCGGCAAUGGCGCCCCACAACAAGAGUAUGGUCAGGGUUAUGACGGCGGUGUUGGCGGUGGCGACCGAGAACAUCAUCCCAGUGAUGAGAGGCACGACAGAGACGACCGUGACUAUGAGCACAAGGAACGACACCGUCGCUCUCGCUCGCGAGACCGGGAGGAUCGCGAUAGAGACCGAGGCGGCAGAAGAGAUCGAGAUCGCGACAGAGAUCGCGACAGGGACCGUGGCCGCGACAGAGACCGCGACAGAGACCGCGAUAGGGAUCGUGAUAGAGGCAGGGACUCUCGGCGACACCGCGAUCGAUCUCCAGAUGACAGGCGGCGAUCGCGCUCCAGGGACCGUGACAGAGGAGCGGGCAGAAGAUUCAAAUCUGGCUGGGAUAUAGCACCGCAAGGGUUUGAACACAUCCAGCCGCUGCAGUACAAGGCGAUGCAAGCGUCUGGACAGAUUCCGAAUGUUGGCUUGCCACCACCGGAGCUGGGUUCUUCCAUAGCCCCUGCACCGGUACCGUCAGCCGCUUCGGGCACCACUCAGUUAACACGCCAGGCCCGGCGCCUUUAUGUCGGAAAUAUUCCAUUCGGCAUUACCGAGGAAAUCAUGGUCAACUUCUUCAAUACGAAGAUGAAGGAGGCGCAGCUCUUUACUGCUCCUGGUCAUCCCGUCCUAGCCGCCCAGAUUAAUUUGGAUAAAAACUUCGCUUUCAUUGAGUUCCGGUCGAUUGAGGAAUGCACCAGCGCCAUGGCGUUUGAUGGCAUCAUUUUCCAGGGCCAGUCUUUCAAGAUCCGCCGCCCCAAGGACUAUCAGCCCAUGCCUGGCACACCGGCAGGACAGACCUUCGCGGCAGCAACGCCAGCAGCUGCUCCCACUCACGUGCCAGGUGUAGUGUCCACUGUUGUCCCAGACUCGCCACACAAGGUGUUCAUCGGAGGCCUCCCCAACUACCUCACCGACAACCAGGUGAAAGAGCUUCUGAACUCGUUCGGUGAGCUGAAGGCAUUCAACUUGGUGAAGGACUCUGCUACAGGCCUGUCCAAGGGUUAUGCCUUCUGCGAGUAUCUGAACGUCUCCAUCACCGAUCAGGCAAUUGCUGGUCUUAAUGGCAUGCAACUGGGAGACAAGAAGCUUGUGGUGCAGCGUGCAGCGCUUGGUGCAAAGAAUAAUCCAUCCCAGAGUCUGACCUCCUUGAUGCCAGCUCAACCAGCAGCACCACCGCCACAGGUGCAGCUUCCUGGCCUGGAGGUUCCUUCCGCCAGCGGUCCCGCCACUGAAGUGCUGUGCCUCAUGAACAUGGUCACGCCUGACGAGCUUCUAGACCCGUCUGAAUACGAAGAUAUUCUCGAGGACGUGCGUGAAGAGUGCAGCAAGUAUGGUAUUGUGAGAGGUCUGCAGAUACCACGGCCGGCAGAGGGUGUUGAUGUUGCUGGUGUGGGAAAGAUCUACGUACAGUACUCCUCGUCAAUGGAGUCUGCGCGAGCAAUGCAGGCCCUUGCUGGUCGCAAGUUUGCUAGCCGCGUGGUCGUGGCGUCCUACUUCAACCCGGCCAAGUUCCAUGCACAAGAUUUUUCCAACUAGUGUGCCAGUGGAGAACAGCAACAACUGAACGGGCUGCUUGCUGCUGAGAACACACCAUCCAUUGUUUCGCUUCCCAUUCCUUGUCCUCUACUGAUACGCUUUGUCGAUGGCGACAAGCACUGUUCACGGACGGAGUGCUAAAAAGAAUUCCGAGAGAUUUUUUAUCGUCAACAACAAAAUCCCGUUUUCUUGCUUUUAGAAAGGGUUAGGUUUCUGAUUUUUACCUUUGUUGUGCCUGUCUGGUGAUUCCUGUCCUGCGCCUCUACAUUCCGUAUGCCUGUGCUUUUAGAGCCGUGCCAAGUUGGUAAAACAUCUCUGUAUUCCAUGUCUUUGAAGAUGAUGUUGGCUCGAAUGCUGCCACGGUACUAAACCGAAUGCUGAGAACUUUGCUUUGUCUCUGUCUUUUGAAAAUGAAUCAUGCCUGACCAGCACCAUGGA